UAUUACGUAUAAGACAUAACUGUUUCAUAACAAUAAACAAAAAGGGAGAAGAACGAGAGAAAACAAACAAACAAGAGAAUGUUGACCUCCAACAUAUAGAUAAAGAUGUCAGACCCUAACACCCUUACCCCCCAAGAAAAAAGUUUUUGUUUACUAAAACUUUUUUUUUUUUUUGGUUGUUACAAAAAUAACAAAAAAGAAAAGAAAGAAAGGAAACAACAAAUUAAUAUAUAUUUUCAAUAUAUAUUUAUCAAUGUGAAAAAAUAUCUGACUAGAUAUAGAAAUGAGUAGAAAAAGAAAAAACAGAUGAAACAACAAAAUAAUAACAACAGGAAAACACGAAGUAGAAAACGAAGAAAAUAUGUUCAUUUAUCACCGAGAAAGAAAAAACAUAUCAGAACAAAAAGGAGAGAAAAACAAACAAAAAAAAAUAUAUAGCGAGAAGAAAAUUGUUUUUAUUGUUCGCGGUGAUGAUGAUGUGAAUGUCGACGAUGAUGAUGAUGUUGAUGACGAUGAUAAUGAUGUUGAUGGCGAUGAUAAUGAUGUUGAUGACGACGAUGAUGAUAGUAAUGAUUACGAUCAAAUAAAUCGACAGACGAGGCGACGAUUUUCACAUGGCGAUAGUAAAUGUGAUGUCGUCGAAGAAUAUCUUUAA